AUGUUAUGUCGUGUUCCAAAUAUCAAGCUUCUACAUCAUACAGAGUUGUGUGAUAGUAAACAGUUUUUGCCCUUCACAUACCAAACAAAUAGAUCUGUAAAUUACAAUGAAACAACAACAUUAAGUGAUAGGUUUAUGAGAGAAGGAUGGUAUGGAACAUUCGACUUUAUCAUUCCGACAGUAAAACCUGCUAGUAGACACUGUGGUGCUAAAUACCCAAUCUUUCUACAAAGUGAGCCAGCACAGGAACGAAUUAUAGUAGACGUUACAGCUUGUAUUCGUGAUUGUACAAACCCAGUAGAUAUCAAGGCGUUGAAGUGCUCUGACCGACUAACCGUAUACAAAUUAUUACGACCACCAACUAGUGACGCUGCAUAUUGUCUAGAUGGACUGGAAGCUGACCCACUUAAUUUCAGAACAAAUGCCACUGUCAACACAAACUUAAGACUUGUUCCUGGUUCAGACUUUGAAGAGGAAUUCAUUUUCGAGUGUGUUUUUCCGAACCCAAGAAAUAGUUCUUUAACAUACAAGGCGACAUGGUUUGUAGAUGACGUGGUUGUUUUCGAGUCUCAAUACACUGAUUAUAAUGAUGUCAAUAAAAUCAGAAGUUUUACGGAUACAAGGCUAAGGGACAAUAACAUCACUACACUCGGCUUCCAGCUUCGUUGUGAUAUCAAAGCUGCCAUGAUGGUUGGCGGAACCCAAAGAAAGAGUUUACCUUCAUCUAGUAAACAAAAAAUCAUUGGAAUCAUAGUUUGGACUCCGGUUUUAAAGAUAAAGGAAGGCGAAAAGGCGAAGAUAAUGAUUAAAUCUACAGUUCCUAUUGGCUGUGCUGAACCCGAGGGGUGUACAUUAACAAUUACUGCUGAUAUACCCCAAGAAGGAGAAGAUCAAUGUGAACCUACUCCUACAGCUAAUGGUGGGUGUGGUAUUUCUAUCAAGGCUUCAGAAUGGAACGAGUUUUAUCACUUAGAGAUCACUUCAACUAUAACUGAGGAUUAUGGACAAACUGUUACUCAAAAAAAAGUAUUUCUACGAACACAAGGUUUAUAUUUCGGUCAACGUAUCUGGCAGAAUUACUUCCUCGAACCAGUAACGAUCAAUAUAGUCAAGAAUACAUCACUUAUUGAAGGCAAAUUAUGUCAAAUUCACAACGAUCCGUAUCUCAAGGAUUUCUACAGCAGCACGAGGAGAUCAAUUCAACUAGCUGGUACAUUCUACUUAUUACAAAUGGAUAAUGUGGAGGUCCAAGUGAAUAUAACGGCUUGCACUAGAGGGGGAGGAGGCUCAUGUGUUUGUGGUGUUGUAGUAAGAGUAGGAAGAACUGCCUUUAUGAUCAACCACUGUAACCUACAAAACUGGUAUAUUGACUAUAUAUUAUGUGACGAUGGUGGCGAUAUUCUUGAUGUAAGAAAAAAAUAUGAAACAAAGUUUGAGAUAUAUUUACCAAGCGAUACAAAAAUACAGAUCGAUGUGAAGGAUAGAACUAGUAACAACUGGUUGAAUAUAUAUAUAAACCCGUCAGUAAGAGAUAUUGGUAAAACAUUUGGUUUAUGUGGUGAAUUAACAAUUGAUUCACCAGCUGUACAAUACAAUGGCGCAUAUUUUAACUCAUUACGAGUUAAGGCAGACAUGAACCUGUUUAAUCCGGGCAACUGGAAAGCCCUUCCUGAGUGGACACCUACAGACACUAACAGAUUCGAACAUUGUCGAUGUGAUGAAAAAGAUGACGAUAAAAUAGACACAACUCUGAACUGUACUCGAGUACCAGGGGCGACAACCUGUUCCCCAGACGAGGACUAUGAUCUGUUUCAUAAAAAGAGAUGUAUCAAUCCUUCACGAAAGAAAAGAUCACUCCCUCGGGGCUCACAACCUCAAAUAUUACACCACAGACGACUAAGGCGGGAUGUAAGUUGGAAGAAUGGAUGGACUAUGGACAGUGCUAAUGAAUAUUGUUCUGGUCUGUUUAAUAAUUCUAUGGUUAUUAAGAGAUGUGAAGGUAUAAGAGGUAUUAAUAUUGAAGGGGCUAUAGAAACAUGUUUCAGUGAUAUACAGGUUAUCCAAGAUAUGAAGAUCAGUUUCACUAAAUUGGGUGAAGAAAAAUAUGAGGUAUGUCUCCAGCAUGAGCUACAUGUCAAAUCAGACCACGCUGAUCUUUCUGAUGGCGUUACCUGUGACAGAUGCAGUACCUGGAAGAGACAUAACGAGGCAGCUGCAUCAGCUAGAGCACACUAUCAAACUGUUGCAUCUAAUGCAGAUGCAAACAUAUUGAUAAGAAGUGUUGAUCUUCAAAAGGUUAUUAUGCUACCUCAUAUGCCAGCUCAAGACGUAACAUUGAGGUAUUUUGAAACCGGACAUACAUUUAUGUCUGCUGACUCUGUCCAUCAUCAGGUAGAGCAGCAAAUGAAUCGUCAACAAGGUGGCAAAGUAUUAGAUUUUCCAGAUUUUGCAGAUGUUGUAUCAAGGUGUUCUAAUGUAGAAGGUUUACAGAUGUCAAAUAUUGAUUUUCGUGAUUGGAGUCCUAUCCAUUCUGCAGCCAAGAUGAAGAAAUCUGGAAUUAAGUUGACCCAAAUGGUUGAAAUAAAAGUGAAGCGUGGGUCGAAAACUCUGUCCUACAAAUUGAACCAUGAUGAUCCCGAGUUCAUGGAAUUGGACUUCACAAAAAAAGGAGCAAUGUUGGUGUUUCCUAAGAGACUGCGCCGGAAGAACAGAGGAAUACCCCUUGAGAAGAAAACUGAUAUUGUUGAAAUGUUGUGCCCCAUGAUGCCUACAAAUCGGCGUAUAUUUUGGACCAGUUUUGACAUUGAUAAAAUCUGUGAAGAUCUUAUCAAUGAAUCUACAGAAAAAUAUGAAGGUUCAUUUUCAUAA